AUGGGUGUCAGCGGAAAAUGUUCCAAGGUGAAAGGUCGUACGACUCUUCUUGCACAAUCUGCUUCUGCAGAAGAUAUUUUCGAGUUCAAUUGCCUAAUUAUGCCCCAAGUGACGGUAAAUCUUCCUAAUUUCUCUGUCAAUCCAUCUUCCAUUCCCAUUCCCCUUGAGAUUCAGCUUUCUGACCCAAACUGGUGUAGAAGUUCUCAAGUGGAUUUGCUCAUUGGGAUGGACUAUUUCAAUGAUGUUCUUCAGGAUGGAAUUAUCCGUCUUGGCCCUCAGCAGCCAGUGCUACGGGAGACUGUGUUCGGAUGGAUUCUUUCCGGAGUACUUCACGAGCCAAUUCACACUUCACUACCUCAGGUGCAGUGCAAUCUUUCCACUAUCUCCUCUCUUGAGAACACUCUCAAGAAAUUUUGGGAGGUAGAAGAGGUGGAAACAGUGAAACCUCAAACCAUUGAGAGUGCCGAGGUUGAACAGCAUUUUGUCAAUACUCACUCCAGAGAUGAAAAAGGCCGUUUCAUUGUCCAUUUGCCCCUCAAAUCUACUCACACUGAAUUGGGUUAUUCUCGAGGACGUGCAAUUCGUCAAUUGAAGCAGCUGGAGGUGCAGCUCGACAAAAACCCAGAAAUGCGUACUCUCUACAAUAAUUCCAUGCAGGAAUAUCUUGACAAGGGGUACAUGAAUGAAGUCUUCUACAAGAAGGAUGAUGAAAAUCAUUUUUACUUGCCUCAUCAUGGUGUUUGGAAACCAUCCUCCACCACAACAAAACUCAGGGUCGUCUUCAACGCCAGCGCGAAGACUUCCAGUGGUAUCAGCCUGAACGAUGUGUUGAAGAUUGGUGCUACUGUGCAGCCUGAAUUGGUCACUAUCCUCCUCAGAUUCCGCAUGCAUCCGUAUGCAAUGAGUUGUGACGUGACCAAGAUGUACUUACAAGUAAAACUUCAUCCUCCCCAUGCUGAUUUCCAGAGAAUUGUGUGGAGAUCUUCAAGUGACAUGCCUCUUCAAGAUUACAAAAUCAACAGGGUGUGUUUCGGAGUAGCUUCCAGUCCUUUCCUGGCUACCCGCGUUCUUAACGAACUAGCCACAGUCGAGCAAAACCAAUUUCCCUUGGGAUCACAGGUCGUUAAGAAUUGCUUCUACAUCGAUGACGGACUUAUCUCCUGCGAUUCCCUCGAAGUGGCUCAACAAACACAGAAUCAACUGAUUCAACUCAUGCAGUGUGGUGGUUUCUCUCUAGCAAAAUGGAGCGCCAAUCAUCCCUCUUUGUUGGAAAACAUCACAAAUCCAUCUUCAGAGGCCAAGCAAAUCUCCAUCAGUGAUCAUUCAGUCUCUGUACUCGGACUCAAGUGGAACCCACAAGGUGAUUCUUUUCAGUUUGUGAUUCCUCCAAACUUUGCAGUCCCCCUGGCCACUCGAACUAGCAUCACAUCAGCAGUGGCUCGCAUAUUCGAUCCUCUUGGUUUGUUGGGACCUAUCAUCACGAUAGGAAAGAUUCUCAUCCAAGCAUCAUGGACUGAAGGCCUGGAUUGGACAACACCAUUGCCACCAGAACUUCAGGAGCAGUGGACAAAGUUCAUUAAUACAUUGCCACAACUCAACGAGAUUAUCAUUCCGAGAUGGGCCUCAAACAUUCCAAAUCCAACUUCUGCAGUUAUCCAUGGAUUCGCUGAUGCCAGCAAAUCAGCAUACGGAGCAGCAGUCUAUCUGGUGACAGAUGAUGGUCAAUCCUUUUCGUCUCAUCUACUGAUCUCCAAAUCCCGUGUCGCUCCCACUAAAAAUCCACUUACAAUUCCGAAACUGGAGUUGUGUGCUGCAGAAUUGUGCGCAAAUUUGGUGUCUCGUGUCCAGAGAGACCUCAGCAUCUCACAAGCUUUUCUAUGGAGCGAUUCUACAAUUGUUCUUGCUUGGAUCGAGUCACCACCUUCUCAAAAACAUGAAGUCUUUGUCAACAAUCGCCUGAAAAAGAUUCGUAAAGUCUCAUCAGCUUCUCAGUGGGCUCAUGUCUCUUCCGAAGACAACCCUGCGGAUCUUAUUUCACGUGGAUGUACGCCAGAGACACUUCUACAGUCUGAUUUGUGGUUCUGUGGACCUUCAUGGCUAGGUCUCCACCCCAGCCACUAUCUUCAUCAAUCAGACACCACAGCCCCGGAGCAGAGCUCCGAAAUCACGGUCAAUCUUGCCGUUCCAAAGCCAAAGUCACUUCUUCAGAGACUUUUGGGCCGUUGUUCGAGGAUUUUCCGAUUGGAAGGUAUCAUUGCUCAAUGUCUUCGAUUCCUGACUCCAUCAUCUCAUCGAGCAAAGGGUCCACUCACGGUCUCCGAGCUUGACAAAGCUCUACUUCAUCUUAUCCGUCUAGAUCAGCAAGAACAUUUCGGUGUUCUUAUCAAUUCUCUCAAGAAAGGUGAUUUUCACACCAACAAACAUUGCAAGAGUUUUGCAAACUUGCAACCGUUUCUGGAUUCCGCGUAUCUACCGCAAAUGUAUCCGGUGCUUCAGGUUCCAGCCAAGACUCCAACAGCAGAUCAUGGGCCAGCUACCUGA